ACUUCGCAUCCUCCUGAUUUACCUAUAAAUGUUGGAUGUCUUCAAUUUGUGUUCAUUUUGGACAAGAUGGCGAGAAGGAUAGCGUUUUUAGCGUUGUGUGUGCUCGCGACUGACUGUGCCUCCAUCAGGAGCGAAGACGUCCUGAAUCGAGAGGUGCGUUCACCGUGUGAUGAAUGUGGACCUCCAAUACCACCACCAUUCUUCCAUCACCGGCACCAUCACCCGCCGCCACCUUUCUUCCGAACACAUCAAUGGAGUGGCUUCUCUCGCCACUCCGACGGCGUUCCGCAGGAAGUGUUUAGUGGAGCCUCUGCAGCAGCUGAUGCUGGUCUCCAGACAGCCGGACAAGCUUUCUCCUUGGCGUCAUCAACCGUUGGUGACUUAGCAGGCGCCGGUUCGGCUGGCUUCGGACUAGGUGGUGGAGUCAGUGGUGAUGCAGGUUCGGCUGGACUCGGCGCCGGCUUCGGUGCUAGCGGUGCCGGAGGUAGCGGUGGUUACGGAGCUAGCGGAUCCAGCAGUCACAGCAGUCACUUUUCUGCAUCUGGCUCAAGUGGAUCAAGUGGUUCCGCCGCAGACGCCGGUGGUGCUUCGGGAGGAUUUGGCGGGUCUUCUGGUGGACUUGGAAAUUCCGGUACUAGUGGCACCGCAGGCGCUGGUGCUUCCUCAGAAGGAUUCGGCGGGUCUUCAAACUUUGGAGGCUCAGCUGGAGGGUCGGGUUCAUUUGGAGGCUCUGCUGAAACCAAAAAAUUCAAGGCCAGCUACAAAGAAUCUCAUUACUCAUUUAAUGGAGGCGGCGGUAAACACACCUUUGGCGCUGGAUCCGAUUCAGGUUUUGGCGGCGGUCAGGAAGGAAGUUUUGGCCAAUCCCAAUCAGAAAAGCAUACUUCCUCCGGUGGUUUCGGUUCCUUCCAUGGUAAUAGUGGAAAACAUCACUUCGGCUCAGCAUCUGAAUCUGGUUUUGGUGGCGGUCAGGAAGGAAGUUUUGGCCAAUCCGAAUCAGAAAAGCAUACUUCUUCCGGUGGAUUCGGUUCCUUCCAUGGUAAUAGUGGAAAACAUCACUUCGGCUCAUCAUCUGAAUCUGGCUUUGGUGGUGGCCAGGAAGGAGAUUUUAGCAAAGAGCACUCAGAAAAAUAUAGCUUUUCAGGCAGAGGUGUGUCUCAUCAUGCCGGACCCGGAGACAGUGGAAAACACGGUUUUGGCUCUGGUUCAAGCUUUGGCGGUGGCCACGGAGGAAGUUUCAGUCAAGCUAACGCACAGAGCUCGUCUAGUGGAGGCGCUGGAUUUGGUAGUGGUGGAUUCUCUUCGGAAAGCCAAAAGAGCUCAUCAGGCGGCUUCGGAAGUGGAGGUGAGGGAGCCAAAUUUGAAGGCCAACAAUCGCAUUCUUCGGGUGGGGGACAAUGGCAGUCGGGUGGCUUCCAAUCUGGCUCAGGACAGAGUGGAUAUGGAGGUUCAAGUUCCCAAUCAGGUGCGUCAGGCGGCUUCGGAAGUGGAGGUGAGGUAGCCAAAUUUAAAGGCCAACAAGAGCAAUCUUCGGGAGGGGGACAAUGGCAGUCAGGUGGCUUCCAAUCCGGCUCAGGACAUAGUGGAUAUGGAGGUUCAAGUUCCCAAUUCGGUGCGUCAGGCGGUAGUGGAUCAGAAUCUGCCGGUUCCGCGUUGAAUGGAGCUCUAGGCCUUGCAGCCCAGGGUCUGCAGACAGCAAGGUCGACAGGCCAAAGCGGCUGCAGCACGUGCGGAAAGAGCAGCUACGCUCUAAGCAAUGCUAAGAGCAAUAGUGGAUCCGCCAUAGCGGUUUCUGUUGGAGGUUAGACUGAAUGAAGACGAUGUUUUAAAUAUGUUGAUUAUAAAAAGAUUUAUUAAGCGUUUUUGUAUAUAUUAUGAUUGUUAAAUAAAGCAUUUGAUAUUAA